GUCUCCGGACGAGCUCACUUCACUCUGUCAUUUUAUUUGUAGCUAAAGCAGCGGCGGGAAUAGCAGCUGCAUUUCUUUUCUCUUUCUCCCUUCACAUUCCAUUAUCAUAGUGCUCCAAUGGAGAAGGAAGGAGUAGAGGGGCCCAGGUACUGAUCUGCAUCGAGGACUCAGACCAACACACUGGCAGACCUGAAACCGGAUGGUUUUUUCCCUCUUUUUUAAAAAAACGAAAACCAAAAAAAAAGCAAGAAUCAAGUCAGUGUAAUUUCAUGGGGUUUUUCUCCCCCCCAAUAAUUCGCCUAGAGUUUGGCACUCCCUUCGCCGGGAAUAACAGUCUUUGUUAUUUUAUUAGCAGGAUGCCUUGAGACACACGCAGCAUCUGGCGGAGGAUUAACAUACAUACAUGUGUAUGUAUGCGUCACGUAUAUAUUUACUGCAAAUGGUGGGGAUCAUUUAGUGCCCGAGAUGGGAGACCUGAAGUCAGGUUUCGAAGAGGUGGAUGGCGUGAGGCUCGGCUACCUCAUCAUUAAAGGAAAGCAAAUGUUUGCUCUCUCCCAAGUCUUCACAGAUCUGCUGAAAAACAUCCCGAGGACGACCGUGCACAAGCGCAUGGAUCAUCUGAAAGUGAAAAAGCACCACUGCGAUCUGGAGGAGUUGCGGAAACUCAAAGCAAUCAACAGUAUUGCCUUCCACGCGGCCAAAUGCACGCUCAUCUCCCGGGAAGACGUAGAAGCGCUCUAUACCUCCUGUAAAACCGAGCGUGUGCUCAAGACCAAGCCCAGGAGGCCCCCUCACCACCACCGACCGCAGCCCCAUCUAGGAAGCUUUCCCGAGAGUUGUAGCAGUGACUCCGAGUCCAGCUCCUACUCCGACCAUGCAGCCAACGACUCCGAUUUUGGCUCCAGUUUGUCCAGCUCCAGCAACUCCAUGUCCUCAGAGGAAGAGGAGGAGGAAGGAGAGGAGGAGGAGGAAGAGGAGGAGGAAGAGGGGGGCAGUGGGGCCUCGGAUUCCAGUGAAAUCAGCUCGGAGGAGGAGGACUCAUCCACCGAGUCAGACUCCAGCUCCGGCUCCAGCCAAGUGUCAGUGCAGAGCAUCCGUUUCAGGCGCACCAGCUUCUGCAAGCCUCCCAGCGUGCAGGCGCAGGCCAACUUCUUGUACCAUCUGGCCUCCGCCGCCGCUGCAACCAAACCCGCUGCUUUCGAGGAUGCCGGCCGACUUCCCGACCUCAAGAGUAGUGUCAAAGCCGAGUCGCCAGAGGAGUGGAAUCUGCAGGGCUGGGCUCCCAGAGGGGCUCCGGUGUACUGCCCGGCCAGCUUGGGGAGUUGUUUCCAAGAGAUAAGAAACGAUAGGGUAUCUGAGAUUACAUUCCCACACUCUGAAAUUUCCAGUACUGUAAAGAGAACUGACCUGACAAUUAACUGCCUGGCAGAGGGGGCCUCUUCACCUAGCCCAAAGACAAACAAUAUAUUUCCACAACAAAGAAUACUCCGAGAGGCUAGGAAAUGCCUACAAGCAACUCCUACUACACACUGUUCAGAUAACAACACAAUAGCUGCUAGGUUUUUAAAUAAUGAUUCUUGUGGAACAGCAACAAAUUCAGGAAAAGAUUCCAAAAUCCUUCAUUGUCUUGAAUUUGCUACGGAUUUGGCCUCUUCGCAAAUUGAUUCCGAAGUGGAUGCAGCAGCAGCAGCAGCAGCAGGAACUAAAGCUGAGAAUCUCUGCACUGACACAGGCGACAAGACAUUGCCAUUUCUGCACAAUAUUAAAAUCAAAGUAGAAGACAGUAGUGCUAAUGAAGACUAUGAACCUGAUCUUAUUACAAAUAAGCUAAAGUGCGAGUGCAAUGAUACAAAGGGUGAGUUUUACAGUGUGACUGAGAAGAAAGAGGAGGACGCCUUUCUAACCACAGCCAAGGAAGGUUUUGCAUGCCCUGAGAAAGAAAUUCCUUCCUUAAAUCCACUGGCUCAGAGUCAGGGCCUUUCAUGCACUUUAGGAUCUCCAAAACCUGAGGAUGGGGAAUAUAAAUUUGGUGCCAGGGUGAGAAAAAAUUACCGGACACUAGUACUGGGUAAACGACCAGUCCUUCAGACACCUCCAGUCAAACCAAAUUUGAAAUCAGCUAGAAGCCCUCGUCCUACAGGUAAAACUGAGACACAUGAAGGAACACUGGAUGACUUUACAGUUUUAAACAGGCGCAAAAAGGUAGCCAGCAAUGUAGCAUCAGCAGUGAAAAGGCCAUUUAAUUUCAUGGCAAAUUUUCCUUGUCCACCAUCACUCAUUAUUGGGAAGGACGGGGAUUUGUGGCCAGCGUAUUCCUUAAACACCACUAAGGAUUCCCAACCUCCUCACAAGGCCCAUCCUAUAUGGAAAUGGCAGCUGGGCGGUUCUGCAAUACCUCUUCCACCUAGUCACAAAUUCAGGAAAUUUAAUUCAUAAAAAUGUUUUGGAAGAUAUUUUCUUGAACCAUAUUACCUUCCUUUUGUUGUAAACUGCACAGGAUGGCUUGUACAAGUCCAUUAAUGGUGUUACACCCCCUUUGGAGUCCUGGUUUAUCGCAUUUUGAAGACAGAA